UGAAAGGCCACCUCGCUGAAGCUAUGAAGUUGCUUCUUUGUGCAUGGCAAAAGUGCAGAGAUAGAAGACAGGGAUCCCCGACUGGGAGGAGGGAGGAGAGCUGAAGGUAUCUGUCCGGGCUGGCUGAUCUAGCAAAGUGGGAAGCCGAGUGCUUCAAAGAGGACUGUGCUCCCACUAGAAAUAAGCAUGUUCACAAAGUCCAGACGUGAUUCAGGGGAAUUUCAGUUUGGGCUACACAUCGUAAAUAGCUGUUCCUAGGCAAGAUCUGUGGUUCCUUGGUCAGCAAGUUCUGGCAAUGAAGCCACUGUUACUGGUACAAAGAAUUCUGGGAUGUCUGACAGUGAAAUGGAUGGAAGGACUCACAUUCCAACUCUACUUAAUGUCCUUUUGACCAGAAAUCGAGUCACGCAAAUGAGCUACUUGAAAAGUAAAGAAAAAGGAUAUGGAAAACUAAGCAGUGACGAAGACCUCGAAAUAAUUGUUGAUCAAAAGGAGGGAAAAGGCUCUAGGGCGGCAGAUAAGGCUGUUGCCAUGGUGAUGAAGGAGCUACCGAGGGAGGAGUCUGCUGAAGAAAAGCCCCUCCUUACUAUGGCAUCACAGCUGGUGAACGAGCAACAGGAAAGCAGACCCCUCCUGAGUCCCUCCAUCGAUGACUUUCUCUGUGAAACCAAAUCGGAGGCAAUAGCGAGGCCAGUAACAUCCAACACAGCCGUAUUGACCACAGGCUUGGAUCUCCUGGACCUGAGUGAGCCAGUCUCUCAAACUCAAACCAAAGCCAAGAAGCCAGAGGCCUCGUCAAAAACCUCAUCCCUCAAGAAAAAGGCUGGUGGCUCUGACCUCAUCAGUGCAGAUGCUGAGCAGAGAGGCCAGCCUCUCAGAGUCCCCGAGACGUCAUCCUUAGAUUUAGUAGACAUUCAAACACAACUGGAAAAAUGGGACGAUGUUAAGUUUCACAGAGACCAGAAUAGCAAGGCACUUCCCAUGGCCGAGAGAAAGUCCUGCUCUUCAAGAACUGGAUCCAAAGAGCUCUUAUGGUCCUCAGAGCAUCGCUCGCAGCCCGAGCUCAGUGGUGGCAAAAGCGCCCUCAACUCAGAGUCGACUUCGGGGUUGGAACCAGUGACUCCAGCACAGGCUCGACUGACCAAAGAACAGCGCUGGGGAAGUUCCUUACUUUCCAGAAACCACUCCUUGGAAGAGGAAUUUGAAAGGGCAAAAGCAGCAGUAGAGUCAGAUACAGAGUUUUGGGAUAAGAUGCAAGCAGAAUGGGAAGAAAUGGCUCGAAGGAAUUGGAUAUCUGAGAACCAAGAAGCCCAGAAUCAAGUUACGAUCUCAGCUAGCGAGAAGGGCUAUUACUUUCACACUGAAAACCCCUUCAAGGACUGGCCUGGCGCAUUUGAAGAAGGCUUAAAAAGGCUGAAGGAAGGCGACCUGCCAGUCACCAUCUUGUUCAUGGAGGCAGCGAUUCUUCAGGACCCUGGAGACGCUGAGGCAUGGCAGUUCCUUGGGAUAACCCAGGCAGAGAACGAAAAUGAACAAGCAGCUAUUGUCGCCCUCCAGAGGUGCUUAGAAUUGCAACCCAAUAAUUUGAAAGCUUUGAUGGCAUUGGCCGUGAGUUACACAAACACCGGCCAUCAGCAGGAUGCCUGCGAGGCGCUCAAGAACUGGAUUAAGCAAAAUCCAAAGUACAAAUAUCUCGUGAAGAGCAGGAAGGGGUCUCCAGGCCUCAGCCGGCGGAUGUCCAAGUCCCCCGUUGACAGCUCUGUUCUGGAAGGAGUGAAGGAAUUGUACCUGGAAGCCGCCCACCAAAAUGGAGAUUUGAUCGACCCAGACCUACAGACAGGCCUGGGAGUACUCUUCCACCUGAGCGGAGAGUUCAACAGGGCAAUUGAUGCCUUUAACGCUGCCUUAACUGUUCGGCCAGAGGACUAUUCAUUAUGGAACCGUCUUGGGGCGACCUUGGCGAAUGGAGACCGCAGCGAGGAAGCCGUGGAGGCCUACACUCGGGCGCUGGAGAUUCAGCCAGGCUUCAUUCGGUCCAGAUACAACUUGGGAAUAAGCUGCAUCAAUCUGGGUGCCUACAGAGAAGCGGUCAGCAAUUUCCUCACUGCCCUCAGUUUGCAACGAAAGAGCCGAAAUCAACAGCAAGUUCCUCAUCCUGCGAUUUCGGGGAACAUCUGGGCGGCCCUCAGAAUCGCGCUCUCGCUGAUGGACCAGCCCGAGCUCUUUCAGGCAGCUAACCUUGGUGACCUGGAUGUCCUCCUCAGAGCUUUCAACUUGGAUCCUUGAAAGAGGAGAAGAGAAGGGGCCGGAGAAGCAGCAGCAGCCCUGCCUGUGUGCUUACUUGCCCUGAGAAAUGCAAACUGGUUUUAUUAUGAAUCUCAAAAUAGAAAUAGCAAAUGCUCAAAAGGCCCUGGUCCUAGAACCCCAGGAAAAUCCUACAGGCAGGGCCCAGUUUCUGUUCAGAUGCAAAAGCACACACCGUUGUACAUAGAGUUGAGAUUGGGCCUGGAAGAAUGGAAAGACGAGACGAACCAAGACACGGUGACUGUGUGUCAGGAGGGCUCUCUUCACAAAUGGUGAGCACACUGCAAAGCAGGUCUUGGGGGGCGGGGGCAGUCUGUCCCCAGUUGCAUCAAAGGAACCUGCUCACUGAGAAAGCAGUGCCUGGGACCCUGGAAUCCUGACUGUGUCUGAACUGCCCUCCCGGGAGCGCCCUCUUUUACAAAAUUGAACCUAGUUUGGGCCAAUGGUGCAUGCACAUAUAUUAACUCUGGAUUGCAGAGAGGCAUUGCUUAAACCUGUUCCAAUUUUAACCUCCACUGUAGCCCUUUGAUUCCAGAGAGGGAGCUUUGCUGGCAAAAGCAAUUCUUGCACUAGGAAUUUUUGCUGUUCCCAGCGAAAACUUUUCUGGGACUGUAUAUCUGCACUUUACUCUCUCAUUUAUGCCUUGCUGGAGUUUUGUUUUGUUGCUCCAAUUUUUAACUUGGGAGUGAGAGGUUUGAGAACUCUGCCUUGUUAGACCAACGGACCAAAUAAAAACUUUCUGAAAGUAGUUUUUCCAUAGUGUAGGGUUUUGAAGGCGUGUUUUUCUUAAAGCAGAUAGGGCAUAGGGUAUAAAUAUGUCCAACACAGGACUGGUGCACACGCACCCUGAGACUGUGAACUUAAGCAAGGAGGUACUGUCUCUCCGUGUAUUCUCUGCCGGAAGGAAGUUAGAUGACAUCCUGAUUUCUCCUGGGGUCACGUUCCCUUGCUUAAGUGUCAUAUAAUACUGGCUUUCUAACUGCCCUGCACACCAAUAGUCUUUUAAACUGUUAAUAUUUGAAAUGAUAUUUCUUAAGCGUGAUGAAUACACUUUUCCUAAAACUAAUUUUCUUAGCUCCUCUAAUGAUCUGUGCUGCUCACCCUCUUUGCAUUCUAUGCGGUAAAAGACUGGUACUUUCUACCUAAAGGUGACUGGAUGUCGGUGGUUGACUAUGGCUGAUGCAUGCCCCUUUGGUUCUUAUUUUGGAUGCUGAUCGACUACCAAGGAUUUGCUGUUAGCAGUGGUAUUGCAUUUCAUUGGUGACCUCCCACUUAGUUCUACAGAGUGGUGUGUGUGUGUGUGGGGUGUGUGUGUGUGUGUGUGUGUGUGUGUGUGUGUGUGUGUGUUAGAGCUGGGAAGUUAUUUUGAAGGAUAGCAUUCUUUUUUACAUAAAUUAGAAAAAUUCUUGCAAAAUACUGACCCAGACAUCAUUUCACUCCUGAUGAGUUCUAGGAAGUUGCCCCUGUUCUCCUUCGCUUGGUCUCCUCCCUUCCUCCAGACCCGUCCCCAAAGUAGUUUGUCACCGAUUUUUCUUCCAGGUCUUGGGUAAGUAAAAGCCGGUUGAAGUCGGGAUACGAAUUGCCAAGCAAAAUUUGGGGCCAAGUCAGUUCAAGUGACUGAAAAUCAGCUUUUGCUUGGAGGGAAAGCACCCACGUACUGAGACCAGGAACUCUGGGUGUGGGUAGAACCCCUCUCCUCUGCGACACUUGGAGCCCUGGAGACUAGGAGAUUGCUGGGGAGGUGUGUGUACGCGAGAGCACCUGUUCUGGUUUAUAAAAAUGAAGAGAUGAGGGCACUGUGCUGCGUGCCAUGUUUGGCCCUUCUUUGCCAAUGUUCCCUUGGGCACAGGGACCACCUCAGGUGAGCAUCAGGAGGCAGAGAAGUUUAAGGCACCACUGCCGGGCAAUAAGGACACAACAGUUAAAAUGCUCGGUGAUGUAACUGAAAGGUCAGCAGUUCAGUUUCCAUGAAAGAAAACACUUGGCGAUCUGUUCCAGGAAAUAUGACAACUGAGAAAAACCUACGAGGCAGUUCUCCUCUGACACGGAGGCUCGCUGAGUUGGAAUCAAGUUGACAGGACUCCUCCACAACCACCCAGUCUUGGCCGGCCUCUUUACUCUCUCAAAGUCAAGCCCAACACUAUCUUCCAACGUGUGUUUUCUGUAGAAUUUUCUGCAUCCUUAGAAGCUGUGUAGGAAGGACCCGUGGGGGCCAAUCUCCUACCAAGGGCAUCUCCCUGCUUGGAUUUUCCUGAUGGCAAAUCCUCCUCCCUUCACCCAUUUCUUCUUCCUCCCUAUCUCUGGAGUUCACUAGCUGAUUCGGAGCCUGGAGACCCUCAUAAUCCCUUAGAAAUCUUGGAAGAAAGAAUUGAAAACAAACCUGGCAGGCUUUCUGUGUGUGGUACCAUUCUACAUUCCCUGAAGUAGCAGUUUUCAGAAAUAAUGGCAGGCUGUGUGCUUAGCCUCACUGGCACCAUGAGACCAGUGAAAAUGGAAUGCCUGAGCAGGGUGUCAAGGUGGGGUGCUUUGGUUCAGUUUGAUUGUGGUGGCAAAUUUUUGUGGCCCGAGUUUUAUUUUGCUGCCGAACACAAAGUAACUUCAAACUCGAAGGAGUUGUCUUCUGAAAAAAAAGACUCUUUUUUUUUUUUUUAAUUCCCACCAUGUAUGUUUGCAGAACAUUUGGUAGAACAUUUUCCAUUAUAUUUAGUGUCUCCGUCAGAAGCAAGAUUUUCCUAAAACAUCGUUGUCAGAAAGUCCGGAAUCAUUCAUUGCCCAGGAGGAAAAGAGUAAUACUUUUCAAUGUUUUUUAAAUAAAAUUAAGUCGCAAGUUACUGAAAAUUGAAGUAAAAAGCAUACAGAAAUAAGAGCGUCACCAGAAAUGCAAUAGCCCUCAAAAGAGUCUGCAAUGCACACAGGGGUCUGUUUUGGUGGUUAUCGUUUUUAAAACGUUUUUAUUGUGCAUCGGGUGAAGUUCGCAGAGAAGAUCCCUUUUCCAGACAAUGACUCAGACACAUUUUGUUUCGUGUUCGUUGCAAUCUCGAUCCUGUAGUAGCACUUAUCCCACUUCCUGCUCCUGUUUCCGUUUCUCCUUUCAGAAACUUUCUGAACUGUGUCAUUCGGCAAAGACUGCCCUUUUGAUCUCAAGUGGUUGAUCCUAAGGUGUGCCCCCGCCCCCCCAGGGUUCUUGUUCCCCUUACAGGCCUUUCAGUUGGCUAAAAAUUUCCAAACUUGAAGGAUACCUAAGCGCCAUAAUCUUAGGGGUUCUACCAGCCUCUAUCCAACCAGUAAACAUGGACUUUUUUAAAAAAUGAUUUUGAGUGUUUCCACCUUUUGUCUCCCACUCUGUGCAGGAUCUUCUAACGGGGCCCUUUUCAGAGCAGUUGGUCAUUGUAGCUGGGUAUCAUCCAUGGCUUCUGGUUUCAGGUUUGUGGAAAGUGAUAUUCGUGUUGUCCAUUAGUCCACUGGACUAAUUGUUUUCAUGUCUCUUCCAUUUUCUUCACUCAACUUUACUCCAGACCGGAAGAGACCCACAGCCGCGCCUUCAGCGGCUGCUCGUGAGCUUUUUAGCUCCCAGUCCCUACUAACCAAUGUCAAACAUUGUCUUUGUAGACUAUGCCAGUUGACCCCAGUGUCCCCUAAGACAGUGUCCUGAGGCCCCAAGCCCAGCAAUUCAUUCCCGCAAGAUGUUUGAUUACUUCUGUUUCCAUAACUUUGCCACCUCUGUGCUCCACCACAUUCCUGGUAUAGCUGUUAGUUUUCCCCUUAACAUACAAAUGGAUUUUUCAGGCACAACUGCUUUUGGUAACCUAUCCUCAGGGCUUGAAAUGGUCUCCUGAACGACUCCUCCCAUUUGAAAGGCUAAGAUGUUCUCUCGGCUCCCUUAUGAGACUUCAUUGAGUUCCUUGUUUUCUUGUGUCCGAGAUAUCUGAGAGCCCUUAGAUAAUGGUAUAUCCCCGUAGAAUGGCUGCUCAAUAGCAUGGGGCAUUGAGGGACCUCACUGGUAGGUUGGACGACAGUUCAGAGGAAGCCAGGGAUCACUGCUGAAUUACAAAAUGUGUCAUAACGAUUUCUGGUUGUAUUCCUAUGCGUUGCUGUGUCUCAGCAGUGAGAAGGAAUAAGGGAUCCCCUUAUGGGGUUAAUCAUCUUGAUUCCUCUUUCCUUUCACAUUCUGCCAAGAGCACUCUCCGUGGCUCUGACAGAAGGCAGCUCUUUCCCACCACAAGACUUUAAUAGAACACUCUGGGCUUUGCACUCUCAUCUUAACUGGAAUUCAUCUAGGAUGGUAAACUGUUGAUGCAUAACGGGGCAGGAGUGCCCAGGAAAUGCUCGCUUUUUCAGUUUUAUGGCACCUUCUUCAUUCUCUUCUGUAAACGAACUCUUGUGCUGAAUCAUAGAUCCAGGCUUACACCCUGGCACUAGAUAAAUAUCCUCCUGGUCUGUUCUAGACAAGCAAGACUGGAACACCAUUUUAUCUAGUGCCAAGAGCUCCCAAACACAUGGUUUUGCUAUGGCCCUGCCUGUGGCCCCUGAAUCCAUUCGACAAGAGGAGACUGUACCUAGAUGCGUUGUCAUUGUCACUGUGGUUGUUGCUGCCGUCAUCGUGAUGAUUCUGUUAUCCCUUGACAUGCUUCUAGAAGCACUUUAGAAACAGGGUAUUCCGAAGGUGUCCCUUGUGUGCCAUUGUGUUGAGGUCUCCGAUUUUGGAAAUUAUUACCCAUGUGCACACAAGAAGUCAACUUUGUAAAGUCAUGUCACCGUCAUUCCCAAACCUGAUUUUACUUCCCAGACAUCCUUGUCAUCUCAGUAUUUAUAAAAUUGGUUGGAAGUGAACUGUUUUGAACUAAGAAGUAGACACAUAUAUAUUUUUAAAGAGUGUCCAUAGAUGAACUCUGACAUACGUCUGUAAAAAAUAAGUUUUAAAAAGUAAAACAUAUAACCUCAGGUACAAUGAUAUCGCAUGCAUUAGUACUUGCAAAUCUGCCUACUCAAAUAUUAACCAAAGCAUGCAAUAUAACUUUGCUGAAUGUAAAUGUAUCCAGUGCAUGAUUAAUCUCACCGGUUAGCUUUUUAUUGCUCCUAGACAAGGAAGCAGUUACAUGAACUGUGUGUUGCCAUCCCUCCAUUCUCUGUUAGCGUCCUAUCCUUCAGUCUUUUCCUGUCAUCACACUGAACUUUACAGAUGUCGAUGGUCAAACAUCUGGCAUGUGCAGUGUGCAGCCAGUGCCAAACGAAUCCUGAGGGAUUCAGAUACUGAGACAUCUGAAAGUUUUUCUAAAAACACACACACGAGACUUCUGAGGCACAAGAGAUCCAAACGGGAACCAAGACCCAUGUGUCUGUUUGUCCGAAACUAAAUCACAUGAUCGCCUCUGCAUAUACAUUUUGGGGUUCUAAAUUCUGGACAGUCCAUUUCCAAUGUUUCCUAAAAUUCUGGGAAUAAAUUGGAAGUACUGAUAGGCUAAGUAAGGUAGAAAGAUGGGGAGUAAUGUCCAACUUAUGAAAAUCCUAACAAGACAAAGUGAACCUGAGGUCUUUAAACAGGUUUCUGUAGAUGGCAUGUAGCUAGUGUAUGAAGGACGGGUGUGAGGAGUGCAGGCGUGUCCCAGCCCUGCUGGUGCUUGUGCGGCAGGCGGGCCCCUGGAGAAAGUGCACUAGGUGAACACACAAGAAUUACGUCAGGGUGAAAAGGUGAUUUCAAGUUGACUCAGAACCAACCCUCCUGAAGCCCUCGCACUGCCACUUUCUGUAGCUUCGGUGUUAGGUGGAAACACAGACAAAAGGGCUGGAACUAGUGACAGCAAAGCUAAGCCUGACAAGGGGGUCUCUCUCAUGUGACCAACUCUGCCACCCCUUCCUACACUCUACAAUCCACACACACACACACAUAGCUGAGCUCAGACUGAAUUCACUGAACACACAGCAAGACCUUUAUGUGGGGACAUGAGACAGUGACGAAAAAGGUAGAAAAUGAAAAUGGGAAGUUUAACAAACUCUCUUGUAGGAUUUGCCUUGAAUAAAGCUUCUACUAACCUACAAACUAUGCAAACACACCCCAAUAACCCCCUUUGAGAAAAAGAGCCCGCUCUGGGAACGUUUCCUCGGGACUUCCUUCUCUGCAGAAGAAAACGAGCGGGCAAUGCGUGCCAGAGUUUCCAUAAAACCUGAUGGGUGCCGUGCGGCAAUUUUAGAAAACUGCGUUCAAAAUCUAUUAAAAGGGAACAAAAGUAUGGGGUGAUUGUAUGCUGAACAAUAAAAUGCAUCGUGUUUGUGUCCCCCCCUACUUUUAAUUUCCCGGAGAAGGAUGCAACAUCAAAGGAGUCGUGCAUAUCUACAUUCAACUAGCUAAUCUGGACUGUUCACUGAGACAUACAGAAAGCUUUUGCAGGAAUAAUCAACGUGUUUAAAAAGCUUUUGCAACGAUAAAAAAGUUGUACCAUGUGAGAAAUGUGUUCGUGAUGCAUUAUGUUACCAGUGAUAAGAGAACAUAGAGCACAUCUAAAUUUUUAACAAACUUCCUGUCAUUCCUGCCCCCUCGCCACCAUGUCAUCUAACCCAACACGUCCCCUCCCAUUCUUCAUUGAUCAAAUUUGUUUACAUUGGUUGGAGGAAAAAAAAAAGGCAGACCCAAUUAGUUUAGCAAACUUUUUACAACCUGUAACAGGCAUUUAUUUAUUAACUCUUUAGAAAAGACAUAUUUCUAUCUAUUUUGUAUAUCUAUGAAUAUUAUAAAUCUAAACAGAAAAUCUUGUUUAGAAACAGUCUGUGAUGCUUCCUCGUGCCCAAUGUUCACAUCUUAGGGGUUCAUUUUCAAGCUGAAAUAGACAACAACAAAAGAAUUACUUUAAAUGUUUACAUUGCUUCUCCAAAAUAAUGCCAACCCAAAUUAAGUGACCUGUAAUAAAUGAAUGCCAACUGGUGGGGAGAGGGGGGAAGUAAAGGUUAUUUGGCGUAGGUAGUGAUACUGUAUCUGUGUACUUAGUGAAAUAUUAUGUAUCGUCGCACAACUCUGUUGGGAAUUAAAGCUUCAAUUUAUUAUUCAUUCCCUGCAUUGCUUUUUUAAAUAAAAUUACUACCAUUAAAAAAUAACCACUUAUCAUACCAAUGUGUUUACUCAGCUAGUUUAUCAUUUGCAUAUUACCAAGAUUAAGGUAGUAUUUUUGUACGAUUAGUGGAAGCAUGCCUUCCCUUUUUCACAUUAUUAAAUUGUAUUUAUAUUUGUGCGAUUUUAAACUAUGUUUUCAAAUAAACUUUGUGGCUUCAGGGUCUCUUCAGGAAUCUUUCAAAGUGAGGUUGGGGGAAUCCGAAUCGCUUUGAAGCAAAGGAACCCAUUUUUACUACUGGCUACUAGUCCUAUUAUUGAAUAUCACGAUGUAUGAUUUCGCAUGAGUUAUUUGGAAAUCUGGAAUGCAUUUUUAGAGAUAAAACAAAGCUUUAAAAUCUUCCUUCUUUGUUAAUUUUUUAAGAACUAAAAUACUAUUUAACCUGAAUUGGAUUUUGUGAUUUUUUUUAGAAUAAACUAUCAAAAUCUA